AUGAAUAACAAGGACUAUUCGCAAAACCUCACAGUUCAAUACUGCUUUCCUGAUAACAACUCAUCUUGCAGGAAGGAGCUCCACACUCCAACCAACCUGCUCAUCCUCUCUCUGGCUGUGGCAGAUUUUCUAGUGGGACUGUUUGUUAUGCCUGUGAAUGUAAUGCAAUUGAAAGACUCAUGUUGGUAUCUUGGAAAAGUGGCAUGCACUGUUUUUCCACUGAUCAGUAAUCUUUUAAUGUCAGUAUCUCUCUGUAGUCUAGUUUUCAUUGCAGUUGAUCAGUACAUUGCUGUCUGUGACCCUCUACUUUAUUCCACUAGAGUCACAGUUUGUAAAACCUCAUUGUUAAUAAUUCUGGGCUGGUCUUUAAGUCUGUUUUAUAUCCUCCUGUAUAUGUGCUUUAAUGAUCAUCUCCUUCAAUCUCAGAUAUCCACUGAGUGUUAUGGAGAGUGUGUCCUGGUCCUGAAAUAUUCCUGGGUGAUGAUUGACCUAGUCUUUUCAUUUCUGACCCCUUGCUCUGUUAUACUGGUCAUGUAUUCAAUCAUUUUUAAUGUGGCAAGACGUCAAGCUAAAGCUGUUAGAGCUGUGCUGAACGCUGCCUCACAGCAACAUGGGACAAAAGUUUCACACUCUUCCAAAACCAAAGCUGCAAAAAAAUUAGGAAUUGUCAUUUUUGUUUAUCUUGCUUGUUGGAUACCAUUUUAUUUAAGUUCUCUGACAGUUGAAAAUGUGACAUCUUCAUCAAUAGUGUGGACUGUGUUUGGCUGGCUGACUGUUAUGAACUCCUCUAUAAACCCACUAAUAUAUGCCAUUUUCUAUCAGUGGUUCAGAACAUCAGUUAAGUAUAUUGUAACCUGUAGAAUAUUUGAAAACUCAUCUUCAAGGUUUAAUUUGUUUUCUGAAGGUGUUUAG